AUGGAGGCGUGUGCUGUUGUGGUUGGAGUGUGUCUCUGUGGUUGGAGUGUGUCGUUGUGGUUGGAGUGUGUCGUUGUGGUUGGAGUGUGUGGUUGUGGUUGGAGUGUGUGGUUGUGGUUGGAGUGUGUGGUUGUGGUUGGAGUGUGUUGUUGUGGUUGGAGUGUGUUGUUGUGGUUGGAGUGUGUCUCUGUGGUUGGAGUGUGUUGUUGUGGUUGGAGUGUGUUGUUGUGGUUGGAGUGUGUUGUUGUGGUUGGAGUGUGUGGUUGUGGUUGGAGUGUGUCUCUGUGGUUGGAGUGUGUUGUUGUGGUUGGAGUGUGUUGUUGUGGUUGGAGUGUGUGGUUGUGGUUGGAGUGUGUGGUUGUGGUUGGAGUGUGUUGUUGUGGUUGGAGUGUGUUGUUGUGGUUGGAGUGUGUUGUUGUGGUUGGAGUGUGUGGUUGUGGUUGGAGUGUGUGGUUGUGGUUGGAGUGUGUGGUUGUGGUUGGAGUGUGUGGUUGUGGUUGGAGUGUGUGGUUGUGGUUGGAGUGUGUGGUUGUGGUUGGAGUGUGUGGUUGUGGUUGGAGUGUGUGGUUGUGGUUGGAGUGUGUGGUUGUGGUUGGAGUGUGUGGUUGUGGUUGGAGUGUGUGGUUGUGGUUGGAGUGUAUGGUUGUGGUUGGAGUGUGUGGUUGUGGUUGGAGUGUGUUGUUGUGGUUGGAGUGUGCUGUUGUGGUUGGAGUGUGUGGUUGUGGUUGGAGUGUGUCGUUGUGGUUGGAGUGUGUGGUUGUGGUUGGAGUGUGUCUCUGUGGUUGGAGUGUGUGGUUGUGGUUGGAGUGUGCUGUUGUGGUUGGAGUGUGUGGUUGUGGUUGGAGUGUGUUGUUGUGGUUGGAGUGUGUUGUGGUUGGAGUGUAUGGUUGUGGUUGGAGUGUGUCUCUGUGGUUGUGGUUGGAGUGUGUGGUUGUGGUUGGAGUGUGUGGUUGUGGUUGGAGUGUGUUGUUGUGGUUGGAGUGUGUUGUUGUGGUUGGAGUGUGUGGUUGUGGUUGGAGUGUGUGGUUGUGGUUGGAGUGUGUGGUUGUGGUUGGUGUGGUUGUGGUUGGAGUGUGUGGUUGUGGUUGGAGUGUGUGGUUGUGGUUGGAGUGUGUGGUUGUGGUUGGAGUGUGUGGUUGUGGUUGGAGUGUGUGGUUGUGGUUGGAGUGUGUGGUUGUGGUUGGAGUGUGUGGUUGUGGUUGGAGUGUGUGGUUGUGGUUGGAGUGUGUGGUUGUGGGUGGAGUGUGUCUCUGUGGUUGGAGUGUGUUGUUGUGGUUGGAGUGUGUUGUUGUGGUUGGAGUGUGUUGUUGUGGUUGGAGUGUGUGGUUGUGGUUGGAGUGUGCUGUUGUGGUUGGAGUGUGUGGUUGUGGUUGGAGUGUGUUGUUGUGGUUGGAGUGUGUUGUGGUUGGAGUGUAUGGUUGUGGUUGGAGUGUGUCUCUGUGGUUGUGGUUGGAGUGUGUGGUUGUGGUUGGAGUGUGUGGUUGUGGUUGGAGUGUGUGGUUGUGGUUGGAGUGUGUGGUUGUGGUUGGAGUGUGUGGUUGUGGUUGGAGUGUGUGGUUGUGGUUGGAGUGUGUGGUUGUGGUUGGAGUGUGUGGUUGUGGUUGGAGUGUGUGGUUGUGGUUGGAGUGUGUGGUUGUGGUUGGAGUGUGUGUGUGGUGUGUGUGGUUGGAGUGUGUGGUUGUGGUUGGAGUGUGUGGUUGUGGUUGGAGUGUGUGGUUGUGGUUGGAGUGUGUGGUUGUGGUUGGAGUGUGUGGUUGUGGUUGGAGUGUGUUGUUGUGGUUGGAGUGUGCUGUUGUGGUUGGAGUGUGUGGUUGUGGUUGGAGUGUGUCGUUGUGGUUGGAGUGUGUCGUUGUGGUUGGAGUGUGUGGUUGUGGUUGGAGUGUGUCUCUGUGGUUGGAGUGUGUUGUUGUGGUUGGAGUGUGUGGUUGUGGUUGGAGUGUGCUGUUGUGGUUGGAGUGUGUUGUUGUGGUUGGAGUGUGUUCGUUGUGGUUGGAGUGUGUGGUUGUGGUUGGAGUGUGUCUCUGUGGUUGGAGUGUGUUGUUGUGGUUGGAGUGUGUUGUUGUGGUUGGAGUGUGUGGUUGUGGUUGGAGUGUGCUGUUGUGGUUGGAGUGUGUGGUUGUGGUUGGAGUGUGUUGUUGUGGUUGGAGUGUGUUGUGGUUGGAGUGUAUGGUUGUGGUUGGAGUGUGUCUCUGUGGUUGUGGUUGGAGUGUGUGGUUGUGGUUGGAGUGUGUGGUUGUGGUUGGAGUGUGUGGUUGUGGUUGGAGUGUGUGGUUGUGGUUGGAGUGUGUGGUUGUGGUUGGAGUGUGUCUCUCUGGUUGUGGUUAG